AUGCAUUCGCACAGCACCGUCAACCAGGCCGGCCAGGCCGCCUGCAGCAGCAACAACAGCAUCAACGAGAAUCGCUACAACAGCGAGAAGCUGGCCAAGGCAUCGGCCGUCUACAAGCUGAAGAAGAUCCUGAAACCGAUCGUGACGCUGCUCAAGAGCAAGAGCAAGCACAGCUCGGCGGCGGCCACGGCCAAGCGCGCCAUGCCCCGGAUCACCAGCUACAUCGACGAGUUCGACUGCGACUACGACAACUCGGCCAACGAGCGUCUCGAGCAGCAACUGAUCAGCGAACUCGAGCAGUGCCACCAGCACGCGGCCGCCAUCCUAGUUUACGAGGACCAGCAGCUUCAGGUGCUCCCGAUCGAACCGGAGGACGAACAGUACGUACCGGUACACUUUGCCCGCACCGAAGCCGGCACCUUCUUCUGGACGACGAUGCCGGCCGCCAGCGUUGGCCGCGCCGUCGACGAGGACCUCAUCCAGCCGGCCCACUGCUACACCGAGGAACAGUACGCCCAGCCAUCCUACGCCGACCGGUGGGCCCAGGCCUAA